UUUUCAGUAACUUUGUCGUCACCAUCUACAGCCGCGAAAGCAUAUACAGAGAGAGAGAGAGAGAGAGGGAUGGGCGAUGGUAGAAAGUUGAAGAGGGAAGAACCAGAGAGAGAACACGCUGCCGAAGAAUCUCGAACCAAUGCUGUUAGAGAAAUGUCUUCGGAGGCUGAAGUUAUUGAGCAGAGAUUGAAUUCUUUUCUUGGUCAACUCCAAGUAGAAUUUGGCAUCCUUGAUAGAGUUGUGUACAAAAACAAGAAUCAACACCGGCGCUGCUCUUAUUUUCAGUACCUUAUAAGGGUGAGGAGAGAUUUGAGGCUUCUUCAAUCAGUUCAUUUAGAGGAGAUUUUGAGCUCCUCCUUUCUAGUUCUCCAUGGGACAAGACCAAGGCAGAAGGUGCAGCUUCUGGAAAGUUUAAAGAGGAGGAAAUGCAAUGGUGGGAAAUAUAAUUUUUUGGAGCAACUUCUGGGAGCUGCACGCCUACUAUCACAAAAAAUGUAUGAUCUGUGUGCAAAUUGCAACUUAACUGCAAACAGAGAAAUUUCUACAUUGCUUGCUCGGUCAUUCUUCAUGGGAUUCUCUCUAACAGUUCUGGCUUUGCUUGCACGUGUACGAGUUUUAGUGCAACAGAUAUUACUUGAUGUUGUAAAGGUUUUCAAUAUGGUGUCUUCCUUCUCUCAGCAGCAUCAUUCUGUAAAAUUAGCUCAAGAGGGAUUUGAGGUCUUCAGAGAAUAUUAUCCAACAAAACAACAAACUGUGUUGCUGGACUGUGAGUGGGAAAAAGAUAAAUUUAUAUUGCGUGAAAGGAUCUGUGGGAACAAGACCAUGUCCGGUGACAGAGAUACUGGAGAAGUCCCUCUGGGAACAUCUGGAAUUCAGUACCAAAGUAUUGAGGCCAUGCUUGGUGAUGAUGUAUGCUGGAAGCCAGAUCUUAGCUGCAUUCCUGAAGAAGGUUCUGCUCAAAUAAAGGCCAAUAACACUAGCUUGGAAGGUCCUGUUGAUGAUAACCGGGUGGAGAAUUGUGUGGGAGUGGAAGAAGGUUCUGCUAUGGCUCAAUCUCCCAGCGAGACCAAGACCCUGGCCUGUGAAAUCGGCUUGCCUACAGGCUUGAGCUCGUCUCCAAGUUCUUGUCCUCUAAAGACUGAGUCCGGAUCAAGGAACAAAGUUGCAUUUGUAUCCGUAAACAAGCCUGCAACAUCAACCGCGACAGCAAAUGUAAAAGUUGCAUUUGUAUCCGUAAACAAGCCUGCAACAUCAACCGCGACAGCAAAUGUAACGGGGAUCCCUGUAGAGGGAACUGAGAGCCAGAUUAAGGACGAAGAAGAUCCAUUCUUCAGUCUACUUACCGGUGGAAACAUGAAGAGUAGCCUGUUUUGAGUACUGAUAACUAGAUGGAAAGCCAGCAACUUGUCCUUUUAUCGGUUGCCAAGCUGAAAAUCUUGUGUUAUCUGACCUAUUUUGGCCCUUCCCAUGGCUGUUACACCUCUUGGUUCUCUAAUUUUGUUGUAUAAAUAUCAAUUUUGUUAAGUGUAUUUGAUUGAUUCGGAUUUAUAGAGAUUUUGAUUUCUUUGUUA